CGCUCCCCCUCAGCCUCUGAUUGGUCGAGCCCCCUGCUCCUCCUCUCCCACCCCUAGUGAAAACUGCGGGCGCUGGGCAAGUUGCAGCAACUGGAGGCGGCGGUGCGUUUCGAGGAGACUGCAGCAGCGAGGACCGGAGCCCAGCCCAGGUCCAGAACUGAGCUCUCAGCACCAUGAACCCCGCCAUCGGCAUCACUCUCCUGCUAACAGUCUUGCAGGUGGCCAGUGGGCAGAAGGUGAUCAGCCUGACAGCCUGCCUGGUGGACCAGAGUCUUCGUCUGGACUGCCGCCAUGAGAAUACCACCGCCAGCUUGUCUACCCAAUACGAGUUCAGCCUGACCCGUGAUUCAAAAAAGCACGUGCUCAUUAGCACCGUGGGGGUGCCUGAGCACACAUACCGCUCGCGAACCAACUUCACCAACAAAUACAACAUGAAGGUCCUCUACUUAUCUGGCUUCACCACCAAGGACGAGGGGCUGUACACAUGCGAACUCCGCCCCUCUAGCCAGCAACCCAGCUUCAGCAAGAAUGUCACUGUGCUCAGAGACAAGCUGGUCAAGUGUGGGGGCAUAAGCCUGCUGGCCCAGAACACCUCGUGGCUGCUGCUGCCCCUGCUCUCCCUGCCCCUUCUGCAGGGCAUGGAUUUCAUCUCCCUGUAACUGGUUGGGCCCACAGAGGACACAGGAAGCCACCAGGCCCAGUCCAGAGAGCCUACUUCUGAGUUGCCUCACCCCCACCCCCAUCCCUCACACGCCGAGAGGAGGGGGAAAUGGGGAACACACCCCUCAUAAGGCACCCCAGUGCUGCAUGCCAUUAUAUUCCCACCUCACAUCCUCUCCACACACCACUGGCUCUUUGUUCCUCUUUGUUCCAGGGCUGCUUCUGUCUAGUUUAUUUAGGGAGUAUCCUUCCUUUUCUUUGGAGAUUUGUGAAAAGGGAAGCCAGGGUUGGGGACGUGUAUGAAGAGUGAGGGCAUGAGAGGGGUUGUAGGAUGGAGGAGUACCAGUCACUGGGGGGGUCACCCUUACCCACCAGAAUCAGAGGCCUGGGAGAGACCUCGAUGAGGAGGGAAUGCGGUGUAUUUGGGCCUAGCAUAUCCCUCAGCAGGCAGGGAGGCACCUGAAGACCCUGGAUAUGAGGGCACUGCCAAGCAUUUGUGGUCCAUCACGUGAAAAGAGAACUGAGCAUCUCCAGGAGCACUCUGCCACAGCCAAGAAGCUGUCUUCUUACCACUGCAGAAGUCCCCUAGGGGCCUUGGCCCUUGGUCAUGGUCCAGAGGAAAUGCAGAUUCUGCCUGGGGAGCACUGCUAAUGGAGGGUUGGAGAGGGGGUUAGAAGGGAGGGUCCAUCAUCCUUCCCCACCUGAGGAAGCUAAAAAUGGGAGCCUACUGUCACUGCCUCAACCAGCAGUUGAGAAGGUGGCAGGGGAGGAAAAGCCCCCUCCCAAGCUGUCCCAAGCUCCUAAGAGCUUCUGGAACUCUGACCUGGAGGCAGUAAGGCAGGCCAGGGGGAGCCCCAGAGCUAUGCAGUCUGGCCCAAGUUUCUCCAGGAGGCUCUCCCUUCCCUCUCCAGGCAGUGUCAGCCCCAGCCGAGCCUCAGGCAGGCCCCCGCGCCACAGGCCUGCCUUCUCAGGGACCUCUGGGGGGCCUGAGGUGGGCCAUGGAGUGAGACCUAUGAGUGGGACACACCUUGAGAGAUGGCUUUUCCCGAUACCCAGCUCUCCAUUCGGCAGCUCUGCCCUGUCCUGUGACCAUGCAUAGUGCCACCACAGCUAAUGGCAUCUCGUUGAGGAAAAAACCUGGACAAUAAAACCAAGCCUCUGGAAUCUGUCCUGGCUCUGCUUUGCUCCUCUGCCUGUCCGCAGGCCUGCCCCCCUCCCUGGAUGCAUAUAGUCCCCUCCAUGCAUCCAGGAGGUCCGGCCCUGCCACCUCUUCUCUCCUUCUUUCCUGCUUUCAUCAGCCCUUCCUCUCCUCCCAGCCCCCAGGGGUGGACCACUGCAUGCUGGGUUUCUCAGAACGACUCCAACAGUAACAGAUUUGCCCAAAUAAAUGAAUGUUCCAUCUCUGUUGA